AUGUCAAUGUUUGGGGCUCGCGAGGGGCCUGACGACACCUUCUCGUCGGAUAUCACAAAUAUUUCGGCCAAUUACCUCAAUGAAAAUAACUGUCAGCGUUUUUGGCAGCGGCUGAUGACAUGUGUACGUGAAAGUCAAGAGCUAGACGUACUCUACGACUGCCGAAGUCGUAUGAUUGACUUGCGCGAGUGCGUCACACGCCACAAGCAAAGCACAUGGGUUUUUCGUGAGACGAUGGCGACACUCCGAAACGAGGAAAAGUUUCGUCGGUGGCUGAAAGAGUACGACGAGUCCUUUGGUCAUCCCCCAAUACUGGAGGCGGUGGAGAAGGUGCGCCGUAAGUUGGAAAAGGAAGGUGGCGUAGAUGUACUUAACCCGACCGUUUUUCACGACCCCGACGUGUUUAUUCCGCGGGAAAAGGCAUGGUAA